UGUCAAUUGGGAAAAAUAAUUAGGCAAUAAAUUAAAUUAAUGAGAAAAUGGCUAGCUUGUUGUAUAUCCAGGGUGCAAAAAACACGUUUAGAAUACCUGAUGGAUUACAUGAAUUGUGUAAAACUAUUUCUUAUGAGGUACUGCGUACUCAACCGACAGAUAUUUAUCGUUUUAUUGCAAACUAUCUCGAUAAACUUUUCGCCAGACGAGAGAGUUCUAAAGUUGCUGUUAAAGUAGUGAAUGAUGUUGUCAAUCAGAGUGAAUUAAUUGUAAACACACUUCAUUGCAUGGGAUUGGAUUUAAAGCAAAUUGGUAUUGUUGCGCCCAACUUACAGAAGGCAUUCCGUGAAUUCAUUGCUUCUACAAAAUGUCCGUCAGUAACAAGUGAAAUUUCGAUUCAAAGGAUACUUGAAACAACGAAAACUACACGAGAAGAGGCCCAUGAAGCAGCAAUAAUUAUUCAAACAGCCUUUCGUAGUUAUCGUGAAAGAGUUUUAUCUCAUAAAGCUAAAAAAAAUGGAGUACAAUGGCAACAAGAAGUAGCAAAUACAAGAGAAAUUCUAAGAAAAACAGGAAUUUCAUCGAAAGAGCUGGGAUAUCAUGAUAAUCCUUUAACAAGAAGUAGACAAAUGGACUUAAAUAAAAAUGGGAAUGGCAGAGAAGAAGCAAUAAAAAAUAAGUAUUCUGGCUUGGAAGAAAGAAUCGGAUCUCUUACUCGAUUCAAUGUAGUACAUAGAAACGAUGGAAUUGAUGCAAAACGACUCAAUCAAGCAGCAAUAAUUAUUCAGAGUGCUUUCAGAGAAUAUCAAACUCGUAAAAGACAAGAACAAUCAAAAAGCCAUUCGUCAAGCCAUUCAACAAUUGCUAAGCCAUUCUUGAUAACUUAAAUCAAAGAUUAUUUGAGAAAGUUUUGACACUGGGAAAUAUUUCAAAGUACACUGACUUGGUAGAUGAAGUUAAAGAAGCUUCAAAUGUUCCAAUAACUUUAUAAUGGUUGCAAAAGACGUUGACACAGUCUACGUAAAUAAAAAAAGUCUUAUUAUAACUUCAAUAUAAUAGUAAACUCGAAUCAUUAAAAUUUUCUUAACAACUUGAAUGUAACAAUGAAGAAUAGAAAUAGUAAUGUAUUAAAUCUAGAGAAGAUGAAAAACUUUUAUAUUAAUUGAAUAACUGCAAUAAUUCAUUAAAUUAUGUCUUUGAUAGUGACAAAUCUCAGAUUAAUGCUGUUUUGAUCUAAUGCUUUUUCAUUGAAAUCGAUCGCCCAACUUGUUGGAUCGCUUUUCUAGACUAGAAAAGUUUGUUCAAGUCCAACAGGUCUCACUGGCAUCGUGAUCCUCACAAGAUGAACGUUCUUUUGUUGUUUUGUCUGACGUUGGUUGAUCCUGGAUUUUCUCGCAUGACAGACUCUCAUCGAUCUUCGUCCAAGUCUGCAAUACUUUCGUGCCCUUCUACUCUCUGAGGAUUUUACGGUUCUUGAAUUUCUCCACGAGAAUGUCCAGCAGGUCUUUGUGCUUGAUCAAACUCAUACCUUUGACCAACUCUUCGUCUUCUCAAGUAUCGUCAACGUAUUCUGAUAAAACAUGUAUCAUUUCUAAAUUUCGCGAAUAGCCUCGCCUGACAUUGCUGACAAAAGAUUUUUUCUUUUUUAUGCAGGUGAUCUCAUUUCCUUUCAUACUCUUUGAUGUCUUUAAGGAUCUUGAGCUAAUACUUGGAUCUUUUCAAUUUGUAAUCAUGUUUAAAAUGAUAAAAAGUAUCUUGAGUUUGAGAUUUCUUCAGAAAUGAUCAAAUCAGCAAGUUGAUGAGAUGAAAAAUUAAAACAAUUUUUGACCUUGAACUCAUUAAGUUCAUUUUAUUCUUCAAUGUUUUUUUAAGUAUCCUCAUCUCAG